AUGAACGAGGAAGACGAGUUCGGCCUGAACAAGAUGGUGCGGGACGCAGAUCCAAUGGAGCAGGACGCCAGGAGCGCUGUCAAGGACCAUCCGGACUUCACCUUCCUGGACGUAGCCGCAGCUCUGGAAGACAAGGGAGCGAUGCCGCUGUGGCUCACGCGCUUGCCAGUGGAAAAAGAUCCGAGCCACUGGACGAUUCUAGAGGUCCAUAUCCGUCCCGAUCGCUCCUGGGAGGUCAUUAAAGAGCUCCUUGCUACUGUCUGCAUCAGUAAAGGACUGUUAAUCGCUGAAGAAGACGCCGAGUCGGUGCUGUUCCGCAAGCGCGUGGUGCACGAAUCGAUGGCCCAUGGAAUGGCCAAUAUGGCUACAUUUCUCAAUGUUUACGUACGCGUUGGCGUCUCGUCGUCCAAGCUUCGGGUGAUUGAUAUCUGUACGUUGGUCAUGAACGAGAACAAGCUGCUGGGUGGCAUGAUGCCAACAGGAAGCAGCAGGUUGUGGACUGCUCGAGAUGCCAAGGAUUCGCACAAGUACGCUCUCGACCAACUACUAGGAGCCUUUCAGUCGACACUGCUUAGUCAGUGUCUACCGAUGAGUCAUUUGUACAUGUCGACGCCGGAAAAUUCGAUGGAUUCAGUGCAAACAGCUGAGCUGGAUGAAGGGUACGUUGAAGACUUGAAGAAAGCGUUCAGCAGUGAAAUGAAGACAAAUAUGAAGGAUCUAUGCAUUCCCCUGGAAUCCUAUGCGUAUGACCAAGAAUUCGCUUGCGCUCAGCUAAUCGGUCUGCUUGAACCGACCUUGAAGAAGUGCGCGAUUAGGCUGGUGGGCACGGUUACAAAUGACGCGUGCUUGAAGGAGAGCGAGAGCGUGAUUGUUGCCGGUACUCAAGAUCUGUCAAUAAAAGAGAACGUAUCCGAUCGGAAAGAAGGGUUGGCGCCUUUGCCGCACGAGAUAAAGCUCAAAAAUCCCUCCAUGUCAAAGUGUCGGGCAACACCAGCGGCACAGGACAAAAUCUAUGGCGAAGCUAUUUCCGAGAUGGUGCAAAAACUGCGAUUGGCGUGCAAAGAAGACUGUGAGAUACGACUACGAGCGAAAAUCGAAGAGAAACGACGACAGGUUACUGCACGGGUGGAAGCUGCGCAAAGCUUGCGGGCUCGUGCGAUCCGGGCGAUCGUGGAGGCGAGAGAUGCCCAAGUCUCAUACCUUAAUGAAUCUGCCGAUGACAACCGAAAUAGUGUGCUUCUUUACGAGACCUCUUGCGUGAUCAAUGGCAUUCCCGUCACCCUUCACGUAACGUAUGGAAACUUAAUAUAUCGGACCAUGGUGCCCAUGUUCGCGCACACAGCGAUCAUCCCUUUCGAUGACGUCCUGAACGUUAUCGAAACGGCGUCGUUUGGUAUCCAGGCAGUGUCUAUAGAGCUGGACUCGACAAAGCACGCAAAGGGGAUUACAAUUGCCAUGGGGCUCGAAGUGAAUUCGUUGUACCAGCUUUUGCGCGAGCUUUUUUCAAUGCACCGACAUGAGAUCAAGGCGAGCACUGCUGCUGUGCCGUCACUGCAACAACAAGAACUGGAGCAGAACCGGAGCGUGCUCCAAAUGAUCUUGGGCUCGGACGAAGAAGAGACAAAAGAGGAGAAGGCGACAAUGACUCCAGCAGUCGACGUGUCCAGUAGAUCAGCGCGUGCUAAUGAGGGUGGAUCCACAGCAGCCAGUACCCCGAAUUAG